AUGAGUUUUAAUAAACUCAUAAAUAGGAGUUCUUUCUUAAGUAAACUAUUUUCUCAGCUAUCUCACCGCAAUCGUACAUUUGUAUCCCACUCUAAUAAUGUUAGAAAUAGUAUAUCAUAUUUAAAUUGGGUACCAGAGUCCGAAAAAACAAACUCUUUCUCUAAAGUAGAUCUUGAACAAGCAGUAAAUUCUGACAAUUCCCUUUCCUUUUCAAGAUUUAUUCUUAAUUACAAGAACAAGGUAAAGGAAUUAUCCUCGACAAUUUCUGAGAUUGAGUCUUUUUACAAGAGUAACCAUGAAGGUUUGUCGGAUACCAGUUUGGAAUAUGAAAUAAUAGGUAAAUACGCUUACUACUUGGUUCAUAAUAGCUCUUCUUUGUCUCUUUUCAGAACGCCACUUCAAGGAUAUAGUAGGUUUAGAAGGUUAAUAAAUGAACUGAACAAUGAUGAUAUUUGCAAGUUUCUGAUGGAACGAGGAAAGCCGUUGCUUGAUUUUUCAAAAAUAAGCCAACAAGGUAUAUCCAAUAUUAAGAAGAUCAGAAUUAGUCCAGGAUCAGAUUUGAUAGCGAUUAUAUAUGAUCCUAAUCUUGAAGAUAAACAUACGCUUUCAAUUUACUCGGUAUCAAAAGGGGAAAUUUCAAAGACUUUGGAAGAUAUUGGAGAGGUUUACUUUAUGCCAUACCCAAAAAAUUCUAGUUUUACUAGGCUAUAUUACACAGUGUUGAAUCCACAGAAGAGGUCACACAAGUUUUGCACAUCGCUUAUAUUCAAUAGGACUGGAAAUUUUUGCUCAAACAGACUGAUGUAUGAGGAUCCAAAGCAUUUUAUAUCACUAUUCAAGAGUAAGAGUGGACGGGUUUUGUUUAUGGCGACUGUGAGUUACAAUAAAGUUUUUUCAGCCUACAUGAUAACGAAAAGUGGUAAAAUGUUCACAGUUCCAAUAGUUAGUGGAUCAAAGUUGAUGUUAGAGUACAGAAAUGGACUUGUUUACUCGGUGUAUUCAGAUGUGGUUUCAAAUAUUUACACAAACUCACUGCGUAACCUUAGGGCAUUUAAAUCUAUGAAAAAUGAUAAGAGUAACAAUGGGAGCAAUUUUUGUGGUAGAAUUGUUGGUGAACUGGAUUAUGUUGUAAGUGACAUUGAUAUGUUCAACGAGGCCAUGGUCUUAUAUUUAAUCAAACCACCAAGUUCCCCUACAGUGGGACUAUUAAAGUUUUCUCCCCUAAUUUCAAAAAAUGUUACCAAUGUUAGAAAACCAGAUAAUAAUGCUUUUGAGUUGGAAGUGUUGGAAAUUCCAGUGGCAGUGGGACUAAUUGAGCCUGGAAUAAAUAUGAAUUACAAAAACAAAUCAGCCAAGUUUACAGUCAACACACCAGGGAAUUCUUGUCUAGGUUUUGAAGUAGAUUUGGUAAAUAAAUUGGUAAAAAGCACAACACCAAUAAACUCGAAUGUUAAAUCUAUAGUCUUAAAAGCCCCGACCAGAGAUGGGUCCUGUAAUAUACCAUUGACACUUGUUUCAAAGUUCUUAAAUAAUUAUGACACUAAAAAUGUAAAAAAAAUUUUAGAGAAUAGUGAUUAUUGUAAAAUAGAUGAAAUAUUCAAUAGAAAGUGCGUGUUGUAUGUGUAUGGGUUUUACGGAGAGAAUUUGACAGUGUGUAAUUACAUGGAACACUCGAAACUGCUGGAAAUGGGAUACACACUCUGCUUCGCACACGUCAGAGGAGGAGGAGAAUUGGGAGAAUCGUGGAGGGAAAUGGGAAAUAAAGAAAAGAAGUAUAACUCGUUUUACGAUCUUGUGGACGUAAUUCAGUUCUUAAUUUCAAAGAAUAUUACAAGCAGAAUCAAGUUGGCAAUCAGCGUAUCCUCAGCGAGUGGAAUUCUUGGAGGAUGUAUAUACAAUAUGAGGCCAGACUUGUGUUCAAUAAUCAUAUUCAAAUUGCCCUAUUUGGACCAUUUUACUACAUUAAACGAUCGAUCACAACCGUUGGUGGAACUAGAAUAUGAAGAAUUUGGAACUACUAAAGAAGAUGAAGGAGAAGAAUAUAAUGUUGAUCACGUAUACUCAAUUGACCCAUGUGUAAACAUGAAGAAAACUCAAGCUAAAAGACCGGCAAUAUUGAUAAACUGUAACGUUAAUGACACAAGAGCACCUUGGUACCACACAGCAAAGUUUUUAGAUAUACUUGAAAAACAAAAAGAUAACGAAAAUAUCUUAGUAAAGGUAGGAGACUAUGGCCAUGAAGGACGCCCACCAGAACACUACCUAGUAAGAACCUGCGCAGAAGAAAUAUCAAUAAUUGAUAAUUUCCUAAAAGAUUAA